ACAAAAAACAAACCAAAACAUGUAAUGUGAUUGUGAUGUAAUAAACUCAUCAAAAACAGAGCUCUGUUUAUCUUUUCUUCCAUCAAUCGAAUGGCUGAUCAGAUUCAGAUCCAGAUAAUGAACCAAGAUCUUGAAGAACCAAUGGCUGAGAUCAUGCCAAGUGUUUUAACGGCAAUGUCGUAUCUCUUGCAAAGAGUAUCGGAGACCAACGACAAGCUGAGCCAGAAACAGAGGAUCUCAAGCUUCACUGGACUAACCAAACCUUCCAUUUCCAUCAGAAGCUAUCUCGAGAGGAUCUUCAAUUACGCGAAUUGUAGCUAUUCGUGUUACAUCGUCGCGUAUAUAUAUUUGGAUCGGUUCGUGAAGAAGCAGCCAUUUUUGCCUAUCAAUUCCUUUAAUGUUCAUAGGCUUAUAAUCACAAGUGUUUUGGUCUCUGCUAAAUUCAUGGAUGACUUGAGUUACAACAAUGGAUAUUAUGCAAAAGUUGGAGGAAUAAGCAGAGAAGAAAUGAACAUGCUUGAGCUUGACUUCUUGUUCGGAAUCGGGUUUCAGUUAAACGUCACCGUUUCUACUUUCAAUAACUACUGUUGUUUUCUACAAAGAGAGACGGUGAUGUUGACGAAGAUGAAGUCUCUGUUUCUAGAAACUUCUCUUUCAUUCAAAAGCUCUUCUAAGACGAAGCUUCUGAUGAAUCAACACGAGGAAGACUCUUUAUCUACUCAUCACAACAAGAAGCAACUCGCUGCUGCUUGAUUAUAUUAUGCAUUGGGUCGUUAUAAUCACAUUGUUGUGUCAUGUAACACCUUUUUUUAUAUCCGAGGGUUCUUGAUUAGUGAUGUUAUUAGCUUAGAAUUUGUGUUGUACAUCUAGAGAUUGGUUUCUUGAAAGCCUCUUUGUUGAAUCGAUACAAGUUGAACUAAAUGCAAAUCUGAUAU